CACGGGAAGCCCAAGAAGCAGAAGCUGGAGGGCAAAGGGGGCCAUGGGACCGGGCCUGGCCCCGGCCGGCCCAAGUCCAAGAACCUGCAGCCCAAGAUCCAGGAAUAUGAGUUCCAGGAUGAUCCCAUUGAUGUGCCCCGCAUUCCCAAAAACGAUGCUCCAAACAGGUUCUGGGCAUCGGUGGAGCCAUACUGUGCCGAUCUCACCAAUGAGGAGGUCAGAGUCCUGGAGGAGCUGCUCAAGCCGCCGGAGGAUGAGGCUGAGCAUUACAAGAUCCCGCCCCUGGGGAAGCAUUACUCCCAGCGCUGGGCCCAGGAGGACCUGCUGGAGGAGCAGAAGGAUGGAGCCCGGGCAGCGGCUGCUGCUGACAAGAAGAAAGGUGUCCUGGGGCCACUGACCGAGCUGGACACCAAAGGUGCCUCCAUCCCCACCUGCCUUUGCCGGGUGUAA